CAGACACCACAUAACAUGCCAUGGCGAAGGAGUGCGUCCAAGAUGCUGGCCUGCGCAGCUGUGGCUAUCGUGGCCGCAGUUGUGUACUGGGAGAUGAAUGGUCCGCACAUGCGUUCCACAACUCUAUAUGACAGCCUGAAAGUGUCGCGGGAGGCAACCCAGGACACCAUUGCCACUGCAUAUCGCGGUUUUUCGCUAAAAUAUCACCCCGACAAGACCACGUCGUUGGCUCCUGAAGCCAGGGAAGCCUCCACUCGGCUAUUCCACGACGUGUCCAAUGCGUAUUCGAUUCUGUCCAACCCGCAGUCUCGGUACGAGUACGACCGAGAGCUAGCCCACAAGGCCACUGAGCCUGCAUCUCUUUGGUGGUGGCCACAUGGACUGGCUACUCAAGCGGCAUCCCUCUCGACGUGGGUGCGUCUGUUUGCGGCGCUUGGCCUGUUGACCGCCUUGCACGAGUGCUUAGUGCGGCCAGUGGGGCUUUGGUUCAGUGGCGAGCGCAUCGCCGCCGCCCCCAUCGCAACGAGUCAAAAGGAUCUAGCGCGCCACGAGUGUAUUCUGCGGCUCCAGCAAGAGUACGACGCCCGUCAAGCCUUGGCAAACCGACGGCGACGAAACUGAUACCCCAACACAGCUAUGCCACCAACUCCAUAGAUGGCAGCAUACACAAUACAAGUGAUAUUACGUCGAU